UCGCCCUCCACCUCCUCCUCGCCCUCCUCCUCCUCCUCCUGUGCUCACCGCCGGCAGCCGGCACUUUGCGCUCACCCAGAGAGUGGCUCCACUUGGGUGCGAAGCGGACAGGGGCAGAUCCGUUCACAACGAUCCAUGAAAAUGCUUUGGAAACUGACGGAUAAUAUCAAGUACGAGGACUGCGAGGACCGUCACGACGGCACCAGCAACGGGACGGCGCGGUUGCCCCAGCUGGGCACUGUAGGUCAAUCUCCCUACACGAGCGCCCCGCCGCUGUCCCACACCCCCAAUGCCGACUUCCAGCCCCCCUACUUCCCCCCGCCCUACCAGCCUAUCUACCCUCAGUCGCAAGAUCCUUACUCCCACGUCAACGACCCCUACAGCCUGAACCCCCUGCACGCCCAGCCGCAGCCGCAGCACCCGGGCUGGCCCGGCCAGAGGCAGAGCCAGGAUUCUGGGCUCCUGCACACGCACCGGGGGCUGCCCCACCAGCUGUCGGGCCUGGAUCCUCGCAGGGACUACCGGCGGCACGAGGACCUCCUGCACGGCCCGCACGGGCUCGGCUCCGGACUCGGAGACCUCCCAAUCCACUCCUUACCUCACGCCAUCGAGGACGUCCCGCACGUAGAAGACCCGGGUAUUAACAUCCCAGAUCAAACUGUAAUUAAGAAAGGGCGAAGUCUAAAAAUGGCGGAAGAUCCCUAAGAGAAAAACUGGACAAAAUAGGAUUAAAUCUGCCAGCAGGGAGACGUAAAGCUGCCAACGUUACCCUGCUUACAUCACUAGUGGAGGGAGAAGCUGUCCAUCUAGCCAGGGACUUUGGGUACGUGUGUGAAACUGAAUUUCCUGCCAAAGCAGUAGCUGAAUUUCUCAACCGACAACAUUCCGAUCCCAAUGAGCAAGUGACAAGAAAAAACAUGCUCCUGGCUACAAAACAGAUAUGCAAGGAGUUCACCGACCUGCUGGCUCAGGACAGAUCUCCCCUGGGGAACUCGAGGCCCAACCCCAUCCUGGAGCCCGGCAUCCAGAGCUGCUUGACCCACUUCAACCUCAUCUCCCACGGCUUCGGCAGCCCAGCGGUGUGUGCCGCGGUCACGGCCCUGCAGAACUAUCUCACGGAGGCCCUCAAGGCCAUGGACAAAAUGUACCUCAGCAACAACCCCAACAGCCACACGGACAACAGCGCCAAAAGCAGUGACAAAGAGGAGAAACACAGAAAGUGAGGCUCGCCUCCCGCCCUGCCCGCACCCACCGGCAGGUGACAGCUUGGGGACCAGCCACCUUUCCUGCUGCUGCUGCUGCUGCUGCUCUGUGCUGCCGCUGUCGCCGCCCUCCGGUCCCCAGAGUCCUCGGGACUGCUCUCUCCACUGCCAGGGGGCAGCCGCUGCCGCUGACUCCGCCCCCUUCCUCGACUUACCCCCUUGUCCUCCUGUAGAGCCUAAGAGAACAGAACAGGCCGUGAAGCCAGCACAGAAAAGUUCUGUCGCGUUUGUGAAUCUUUUUUUUUUUUUUUAAACCAACAAAUCACCAACAGACAUUAAAAACUUUUUUUUCUAAAAAAAAAAACGAAAAAAAUUAAAAAAAAAUUAUAUGAGCUUCAUGGGACUGAAUCACCACCUUCCCUUACAUACGUCAAUUCAGAUUGUAGCCAUACUUUAAAAAAAAGGCAAAAAGCGUAAUGACAUUUUUAUCAGUAUUGUGAAUAAACUUGAACACAAAUACACGAAGUUCCAUGUCAUGUCUUCAGUUGUAGAAGUUUUCCCUCUCCAAGGUAAAGUGACCAACAUGAACUCUCUCUGGCAACACGAUUCACGGUCAUAUAAGGGAAUCAGUGUUCACAACUCUGUAUAUAUUUAUUUAUGUGUAAUUUAAUGGGAUUUGUAAAUAUGGUGAGUCUGUUUUCCGCCUUUUUUUAUUUAUCUGGUGAUCUCGUUUACCUCUUGUUUAGUGGGUUUUGGAUCUUCCCUAUUAGUUCUUCAUGUGGUUCAUGGUACUUAUUUAGAAUCCCAAGGUUUGGGGAAUUUUGUUUUUCCUCUGGAAUUCAUGAAUUUAGCCCUGUUGUAGCAUGUUAAAGGUGACAAUGAAACAGCUGGACAAAUAAAAAAAAAAAAGGAAAAUAAAAUUUUAUAUAUAAUUAGUAUUACAUUUAGCUUUUCAUUGAACUGAAAGAAAAAAGUGACAUUGGACCCUGGAAAGAUUUUUAAACUUGAGCAGUUUGAUAUCCCUUCUGUGGAUUGUGGGGAGAAAAAAAGAAGUUUAUUUUAUUCUACUAUCCUCCCUUAAAAGCAUCAUUUGAGCAAUAAAUGAAUAUUGACUUUACACCAAGGGUUAGGGGUUUUUCUUCCCUCCCUCCCUCCCUCUCUCUCUCUCUCUUUCUCUUUUUGUUCAAGGAACUUCAAACAUUUGGGACCACCUGGUGUCCUGUAUUUUCACUGGCCCUAUUGGAUACAGUUCUAGUUGUAUUGUAUUGAGUUGUGCCGGCAGUAGUUUUCAUGCCUGUCAAUGUAUCAUAGUCCUUUGUUGCCCAGAUAAAUAAAUAUUUGAUACGCUUUA